AUGCCAGUGACAUACACAACAGACGUCGCCUUAGUCAAAGAGACUAUUGCAAACAACAAGAAUGUUCUUGUAGUCUUUUAUUCGCCUGAAUGCGCACAAUGCAAAGCGAGUGCUCCAAUGUUGGAAAAACUUUCAGAAGAACACAAAAAUCUCAAGUUCUUUAAGGUUGACGCAACUACAGCAACUGAGUAUGCUGCUGAAUACCAAGUCACUUCACUCCCGACUUUCGUCUUCUUCCAAGACCAGAAAGUCGCUAAGAAGGCGCCUGGAAGCCCAGACGCACUUAAAGAGAUUAUUGGCAUGUCUCAAUAA